AACAUGGGAGACCUGGAGAGUGGUUUUGAGGAAAUGCAAGGAGUGAGAUUGGGAUACCUGCUCAUCAAAGGCAAGCAAAUGUUUGCUUUGUCUCAGGUCUUCACCGACCUGCUGAAGAACAUCCCUCGGACCACGGUGCACAAGCGCAUGGACCACCUGAAAGUAAAGAAGCACCACUGCGACCUGGAGGAGCUGCGGAAGCUCAAAGCAAUAAACUCUAUAGCUUUCCAUGCCGCUAAAUGCACUCUCAUAUCGCGGGAGGACGUGGAGGCUCUGUAUUUCUCCUGCAAGACUGAGCGGGUGUUGAAGUCCAACAAAAGAAAAGCGAAAGCGGUGUGUUCCCCCGGGGAUGUUGAUGCGUCCUCGGGGCUCCUCCGUGCCGACGCCGAGCUGUGGAAGGAAAAAGUUUGGUUUAGUUUGCACGGUGUCCCGGAGACUCUUACACUUCACAACAAAACGGGCAGGCGGAGAGAGCUGACUCCUUGCCUUACCGACUCCAAACUACCUCAAUUUUACCACAAAUCUCACGGACGGGACUACCGUUCAGCGACUAAGUCCAGUCACAAACACUUUAAAAACUAUGAAACUGCAAAAAUAACAGGGAACCGCGUUACUUUGAGCCAAAGGCACUCGUUUUUCCGGAGCGCGGUGAGCCGGCAGCCGGUGGUGCUUCAGUCCGCCAUAGCUGCUCAGUCCAGGCUCUCGCGCUCAGCCGGCGACCUACUUCACAAAAGGAAGAGGAGGCGCGAGGGGGGCGGCGGCAGGGACAGCGCGAGGCACUCGUGGAGCAGAAGCAGACACGCGCACCACCACGCACCACCGGUGCUGCUGGUACAACCCAAAUCAUCCGGUAGUCACGGGAACUCUUAUGGCGCUUUCCACCUCGGUCCGGAUUUCUAUCUUGACCCUAGACCUCACCACCAUCAUCACCACCAGCAUCACCAUCAUCAUCAUCACCACCACCACGAACCGACUUUCCCGGAGAGUUAUAGCAGUGACACUGAGUCCAGCACCUACUCGGACCGGGUGUACCCCGACUCGGACUUUGGGUCCGGCUUCUCCACCACCAGCAACUCCGGGAGCUCAGAGGAGGAAGAGGAGGGCGAGGAUGAAGAUGACACGCAGUCAGAGAGUUCAGAGGUCAGCUCAGAGGAGGAAGAGAGCUCCUCUCAGUCCGACUCCAGCUCAGUUUCAAGCCGUGUUUCUGUCCAGAGCAUCCGGUUCAGACGGGCCCGGGUGGGUUCUCUCGCCAAAAGUCUCAGCACUAGUAAAGCACCUUUGGUCCUGCAGCCCACAUUUCACUACAACAACCAGCCACAACAAGAGAAACAACACAGGACACUGUGCCAUGUUGCCACUUCACAGGCAGGGGACAGUAGACAGGAGAGACAGCAAAAAUGUGAAUUUAUUUGUAGUGAAACUAGAAAAGACGUGGGACCCUUACAGCCACCAAAAUUUAACUCAGCUGUAGUCGGGGAGAGCUUUUUCACUGAGUCCAAAAGGGAGAGGGCAUCUGAGGCUGAUCCACGCAGGGCUGACCCUGUGGUUGAGCUGAACUCUUAUUCACUGGGACUCAACCGGAGCAAGGCCUUUCACCCCACACGCAGGACAUCGGGGUAUCCCACCAAAUGCCCCCCGGGACUGAGCUCGCAGUGUGACCUGGACAAAGACGCCAAGCUCACAAAAUGUACCGAUAAAAGGGAGGCGAAAGCCAUCAGCCUGAAACUGCUCACUCCACUGAAAAAAAUUAAAACAGAGGCGGAGGAGCCCUGUGUGACCGCCGCUCCCCACUCGGACAGCGGCAGGACAGCCAGGACACCUCCCUUCAACCUCCACAAUGUGAAAAUUAAAGUGGAGGAAAGCUGUGAUGAAUAUGAAUACCAGAACCAGGCCACUGUAGUCAAGUGUAAAGGAGAUAAGUCAGAGAGCAGCAAUGGCCAAUAUCCCAGCGGAGUCAUCAAACAAGGGGACUUUUUCAACAUCGGGAUUAAAGCCACCGAGAAGAGCCCUGACGUGGCCCCCAGGUCCCCGUGCAGGAGUCCUCAGGAAUGCAGGAGCACCCAGGACACCCCAUGUAUCGAGGAAGGGGAGCACAGGAACAAAAACUACAGGGCUCCAGCGCUGGGGAAUAAGAAACCCCGAGUUUCCAGGACUCAAACAAAACAAAACGUGCCCAGGGUCAACAAGCCUGCCUCUUCAUCCUCCUCUUCAUCCUCUUCUUCUUCUUCUUCUUCUUCUUCUUCUUCUUCUUCUUCUUCUUCUUCUUCUUCUUCUUCUUCUCGUCCCGUGGGCUGCGAGGAGACAUCCACGGAGGAUUUACCGAGCAGACGCAAACGCAGCAGCGCCAGCACUGUAGUAUCGCCUGCAAAAAUGCUUUUCAGCCUGAUGGCAAAUUUCCCAUCGCCGCCGUCGCUGGUUGUUGGCAGCGACGGGGAUUUGUGCCCUGCUUACUCCCUGAACUCACUGAGGGGCCCCGGGCCUCCCCCUCCGUCCCACCCCGUGUGGAGGUGGCAGCCAGGCGGCCACAUUCUCCCUCCCCCACACGCUCAGAAAACUAGGAAAUACUGA